GUGUCUGUGUGCGUGUGUGUGUGUGUGUGUGUGUGUUUGCAGUGCCCUUGGGUCUGUGUUUUUAUUGCACUUUCCUGCUGGUUUCCAGCUGCACCGCCAGUUCCGGGGAGGGUCCUGGGCCUGUGGCUGUCAGUCCCCACCUCCUUCAUAAAGUCCUGGCCUCGGGACAUCCGCACAGCUGCCCAGCCUGGGGAGACAGGACAGACCUGCCCCACUCACUGUUUCCCCUGCCGCUCCUGCCGGCAGCUCGAACCAUGGGAGGCCGCGUCUUUCUCGCAUUCUGUGUCUGGCUGACUCUGCUGGGAGCUGAAACCCAGGACUCCAGGGACUGUGCCCGGUGGUGCCCUGAGAACUCCUUGUGUGUCAACGCCACCGCCUGUCGCUGCAAUCCAGGGUUCAGCGCUUCAUCUGAGAUCUUCACCUCCCCCACGGAGAUUUGUGACGACAUCAAUGAGUGUGUGCCACCGUCGAAAGUGUCUUGCGGAAAAUCCUCGUACUGCAGGAACACAGUGGGGAGCUACGACUGCGUGUGCCAGCCGGGGUAUGAGCUUGUUUCUGGGGCAAAAACAUUCAAGAAUGAGAGCGAGAACACGUGUCAAGACGUGGACGAAUGUCAGCAGAACCCAAGGCUCUGUAAAAGCUACGGCACCUGCGUCAACACCGUCGGCAGCUUCACCUGCCAGUGUCUGCCUGGCUUCAAGUUCAAACCUGAGGACCCGAAGCUCUGCACAGAUGUGAAUGAAUGCACCUCCGGACAAAACCCAUGCCACAGCUCCACCCACUGCCUCAACAACGUGGGCAGCUAUCAGUGCCGCUGCCGCCAGGGCUGGCAACCGAUUCCGGGGUCCCCCAGUGGCCCAAACAAUACCGUCUGUGAAGAUGUGGACGAGUGCAGCUCCGGUCUGCAUCAGUGUGACAAUUCCACCGUCUGCUUCAACACCGUGGGUUCGUACACCUGCCGCUGCCGCCCAGGCUGGGAGCCCAAACACGGAAUCCCGAAUAACCAAAAGGACACUGUCUGUAAAGAGAUGAAUUUCCCCACCUGGACCCUGCCCCCUGGAGUCCACAGCCAGACGCUUUCCCAAUUCUUCAACAAAGUCCAGGACCUGGGCAGAGACUUCAAGACAAGCUCAGCCAAUGUCACCAUCCAGAGCAUCUUAAAGGGGCUGGAUGAGCUGCUGGAGGCCCCCGGGGACCUGGAGACCCUGCCCCGCUUUCAGCAGCACUAUGUGGCCACUCACCUGCUGGAUGGCCUAGAGGAUGUCCUCAGAGGCCUGAGCAAGAACCUUUCCAUUGGGCUCUUGAACUUCAGUUAUCCUGCAGGCACAG